GUCAUGUGAUCAGCUGUGUCAAAUCACAGCUGAUCACAUGGGACAUGUACACUGAUCAUCAGUGCACUGAUGAUCAGUGUGCCCUGAUGAUCAGUGUGGCCCCAGAAGUGCCACCUGCCAGUGCCCAUCAGUGCCACAUCAAUGCCACAUAGUGCAUAUCAGUGCACUUCAAUGCCACAUAUCAGUGCCCAUCUGAGCUGCCUUUCAAUGUCACCCAUCAGUGCCAGUCAGUGCCACCUAUCAAUGCCAAUCAGUGCCACCUAUCAGUGCCAGUCAGUGUUGCCUAUCAGUGCACACCAGUGCCAGUCAGUUCCGCCUAUCAGU